AUGGGGCUCAAGGCGCGCAGGGCGGCGGGGGCGGCUGCUGGCGGCGGGGGCGGAGGCGGCGGGGCUGCUAACCCAGCCGGAGGGGACGCGGCGGCGGCCGGGGACGAGGAGCGGAAAGCGGGGCUGCCGCCCGGGGAUGCGGAGCAAGUCACCUUGGCGCUGGGGGCCGGAGCCGACAAAGACGGGACCCUGCUGCUGGAGGGUGGCGGCCGCGACGAGGGGCUGCGGAGGACCCCGCAGGGCAUCGGGCUCCUGGCCAAGACCCCUCUGAGCCGCCCGGUCAAGAGGAACAACGCCAAGUACCGGCGCAUCCAAACUUUGAUCUACGACGCCCUGGAGAGACCGCGGGGCUGGGCGCUGCUGUACCACGCGCUGGUGUUCCUGAUUGUCCUGGGGUGCUUGAUCCUGGCCGUCCUGACCACCUUCAAGGAGUACGAGACUGUGUCAGGAGACUGGCUUCUGUUGCUGGAAACAUUUGCUAUUUUCAUCUUUGGAGCUGAGUUUGCGUUGAGGAUCUGGGCUGCUGGAUGUUGCUGCCGAUACAAAGGCUGGCGGGGACGACUGAAGUUUGCCAGGAAGCCCCUGUGCAUGCUGGACAUCUUCGUGCUGAUUGCUUCUGUGCCUGUAGUUGCUGUGGGAAACCAGGGCAAUGUCCUGGCCACCUCCCUGCGAAGCCUGCGCUUCCUACAGAUCCUGCGCAUGCUGCGGAUGGACAGGAGGGGUGGCACCUGGAAGCUCCUGGGCUCAGCUAUCUGCGCUCAUAGCAAAGAACUCAUCACUGCCUGGUACAUCGGCUUCCUGACGCUCAUCCUUUCUUCAUUUCUUGUUUACCUGGUUGAGAAAGAUGUGCCAGAAGUGGACGCACAAGGAGAGGAAAUGAAAGAGGAGUUUGAGACCUAUGCAGAUGCCCUGUGGUGGGGCCUGAUCACACUGGCCACCAUUGGCUAUGGAGACAAGACACCCAAAACGUGGGAAGGCCGUCUGAUCGCUGCCACCUUCUCCUUAAUUGGUGUCUCUUUUUUUGCUCUUCCAGCAGGCAUCCUGGGGUCAGGACUGGCACUCAAGGUGCAGGAGCAGCACCGUCAGAAGCACUUUGAGAAAAGGAGGAAGCCAGCUGCUGAGCUCAUCCAGGCUGCCUGGAGGUAUUAUGCUACCAACCCCAAUAGGAUUGACCUCGUGGCAACCUGGAGAUUUUAUGAAUCAGUCGUCUCUUUUCCAUUUUUCAGGAAAGAACAGCUGGAGGCAGCAGCCAGCCAAAAGCUGGGUCUCUUGGAUCGGGUUCGCCUUUCUAAUCCUCGUGGUAGCAAUACUAAAGGAAAGCUAUUUACCCCUCUGAAUGUAGAUGCCAUAGAAGAAAGUCCUUCUAAAGAACCAAAGCCUGUUGGCUUAAACAAUAAAGAGCGUUUCCGCACCGCCUUCCGAAUGAAAGCCUACGCUUUCUGGCAGAGCUCUGAAGAUGCUGGAACUGGCGAUCCCAUGGUUGAAGACAGGGGCUAUGGGAACGACUUCCUCAUAGAAGACAUGAUCCCCACCCUGAAGGCUGCCAUCCGGGCUGUCAGAAUUCUACAGUUCCGUCUCUAUAAAAAAAAAUUCAAGGAAACUUUGAGGCCUUAUGAUGUGAAGGAUGUGAUAGAGCAGUAUUCUGCAGGACAUCUCGACAUGCUCUCCAGGAUAAAGUACCUUCAGACGAGAAUAGAUAUGAUUUUCGCCCCUGGACCUCCAUCUACUCCAAAACACAAGAAGUCUCAGAAAGGGGCAGCAUUCACCUACCCAUCCCAGCAGUCUCCCAGGAAUGAACCAUUUGUAGCCAGAACGUCCACGGCAGAAAUGGAAGACCAAAGCAUGAUGGGAAAGUUUGUCAAAGUGGAAAGACAGGUGCAUGACAUGGGGAAGAAGUUGGACUUCCUGGUGGACAUGCACAUGCAGCACAUGGAGCGGCUGCAGGUCCAGGUCUCUGAGUACUACCCCGCCAAGGGGACUUGCUCGCCCGCUACAGGGGAGAAGGGGGACUGCAGGUAUUCCGACUUGAAAACCAUCCUCUGCAACUAUUCCGAACCAGGGCCCCGUGACCCUCCCUACAGCUUCCACCAGGUGCCCCUCGACAAGGUUGGCCCCUACGGGUUCUUUGCACACGACCCCGUGAACCUGCCCAGAGGGGAGCCCAGUUCUGCCAAGGCCCAGGCCGCCCUUCCCUCCUCGGCAAGCUCAUAUGCAGAAAGGCCCACCGUCCUGCCCAUCCUGACCCUGCUGGACUCCCCAGUGAGCUUCCACUCCCAGGCUGAGCCGCACGGCCCCUACUCGGAACACGUCUCGCCGCGGCAGAGACGCAGCCUCACGCGGGACAGCGACACGCCUCUGUCCCUGAUGUCGGUCAACCACGAGGAGCUGGAGCGGUCCCCGAGUGGCUUCAGCAUCUCUCAGGACAGGGACGAUUACGCGUUCGGCCCCGGUGGAGGCUCCAGCUGGAUGAGAGAGAAGCGCUACCUCGCCGAGGGUGAGACAGACACAGACACAGACCCCUUCACGCCCAGCGGGUCCAUGCCUCUGUCGUCCACGGGGGACGGGAUUUCAGAUUCCAUAUGGACCCCUUCCAACAAGCCCACUUAACAGGGGUCACUGGCUGACUCCCUGCGAUGGACACAGACUUUGAACAGCUCCCUGACCCCCGGCCUGCGCGUCCGUCGGGCGGGGAUGCCAGUAGCUGCAUUGAGUGCAUGCGCGUGCGCAGGGCCCGGCCAACGCGGGUUCUCAGCCUUCCUCCCCGGUCACCGCAACGAAGCCGCUUCCUUCUCAGCAUGGUUUGCAUGACUCGACACUGUAUAAGUGGUACCACUAGUCUCCUCUAGGAUACACCUCUAUCUGCUGUUCCUACUUUCAGUCAUGACUGGACCAGUACAGGGAGAGAUUACUGAUGAGCCGCGCUGUUUGUUUCUUUGGUUGACUGGUUGGGGUUUUGGUUUGGUAAGCAGAGAAUAUAGUUUAAGUUCUUCCUCAAAUCCCCACCCCCACCCCGUGUAAAAUAUUCCAGGAAUUAACUGUUUUCUAAAGCAAAGAAAUAAUUUUCUCAACAAGAACACGUUGCAUACUAAUGAGGCUGCUGACCGAGCAAACAUGAGGGAAGGUACAAGAUAGCCAUUAAGUCUCCAAAAUGAAGAAUUUAAAACUUAUUUUCUUAAGGAAGAGCCAGAAAAAAAAUUUAAAAAUUCUCAAAGGGACUUCACUUGCUCUGCCAUUGUCCAGUAUUGUGUCUUAGUUUCCCUAUCUGUAAAAGGCAUUGAUAAUCCCUAUUACAGCAUUUCACAUGUAUUAUAAACUGGUGGGGAGAAACCACACACACACACACACACACACACACAUCCCACAAACACAAAAAUUAAAAUAGUUAACCAAUUUAUGUAGCCAAAGAUAAUGAAAUUUACUAGCAGUGGAGUGGCCCUCUGGGCAGGAUCCAAGUUCAGCGUCUUCAAAAUGAGGUUCCAACUAUAAAAAAAAAUGAGAUUCCAACUCAUGUUGCUCCCUGUGUUAUUUAAAUGCAAAAUAACCUUGCAAAGCAAAAA